UUCUUGUUUUGUUUUCUCUUACAUUUCAGGUCUAUCAGUCAUGAAACGAAUUCUUCUGUUUUUUAUCCUGGCUGCUGCUGUUAUGUAUGGUAUCCUGCAUGGAAGUUUGUGGAGAAAUAACCUCUACUGGAUUAGCUUUUAUGGACAGUCUUCCUCUGUGAGGGCUCCUCCUUCCUAUGAGACUAGUGGAGUUACCCAGCUGCCACCUACUGCUGUAGAGAGAAGAAACGCAGUGAACACUUGUCUUCUAAAACCAGCAUUUGAAUCUUUACUGGGUGUUGACAAAAUAUAUCCAUUCCUUUGCGCUAAUGAUUUUAUCAGUGUGGCGGAGUUCCACGGGAGCAAUAAGUUUGAACUACCUUAUGGAAUAAAGAGAGCAGAGCAAUUUUUUCAUUUAGCCCUUUCAAGGCUGCAGAACUGUGGACUUUCAGGUGAAGAUGACAGCAUUGCCUGUCGACGGUGUGUUGUGGUCGGUAAUGGAGGAGUACUUAGAAAUAAGACAUUAGGGGAGAAAAUUGAUUCAUAUGAUGUGAUAAUAAGAAUGAAUAAUGGCCCUGUUAUAGGGUAUGAAGAUGAUGUUGGGAGGAGGACGACUUUCCGCCUUUCUUACCCAGAAUCCAUCUUCUCGGAUCCAAUCCACUAUGACCCUAAUACGACUGUUGUUCUCAUCGUUUUCAAACCACGUGACUUGAAGUGGCUUUGGGAGAUACUAAGUGGUCAGAAAAUAAGUGCUAAAGGCUUUUGGAAGAAACCAGCUCUGAACAUGAUAUACAAAUCUAGUCAAAUCAGGAUUCUUGAUCCCAGCAUCACCAGAAAAACGGCUUAUGAAUGGCUUCGUUUCCCAACGAGGUUUCCCAAGAAGGAGAAACCCAAGCAUCCAACAACGGGGCUAAUUGCCAUUACACUAGCAUUUCACGUAUGCCAUGAAGUUCACGUGGCAGGCUUCAAGUACGACUUCACUGACAGAAACAGUUCUUUGCACUACUAUGGCAACGACACCAUGUCUCAAAUGAUGCAGAAUGAAUACCACAACAUUAACGCUGAGCAGAAAUUUUUGAAGAAGCUUAUAGACAAGAACUUUGUGGUCAAUUUGACAUGAAAACUGAAUGGAAAAUACAAAGAACAACCACUAUUUUCAAGAUUCGAAGAAUUUUAUUUUUUGUAUGACACUUUUAUUUUUUAAGUGCAACAUAACUGUUUACUGAUUGCAAGGAGCACAGAAACCUCAUCAAGGCAGAAGCUUCUUCUAAGCCUGAGGGUAAUGGACUAUCGCAGACAAAGUUAACUGAAUUUCUGUGAAGCUAUUUAAUAAUGGGGAAGCCAUGAAACUUUCAGCUGAAAGCAUCAGGGAUAUAUAAAAAUGUGAUGCACAUCACUUAUUUAUCAGCAAGAACUGUUUCCAAAUGGCUACUUCUCUGGAAUACUUUUGUUUCUGUUGUUGUCCUAAAGAGUUACACUGUCAAGAGACUGAGACAACCAGCGUUUAAAUAGUAGAUGGGUGUAAAGUCUUGAAUGUCUGUCUUGUAGUGUGAGAACAGCUUUAAAAUGCCUAUAAAUUAUUACUGUGUGUUUGGGAGAAAGGGGAACAUACAGAGUGCACAGGUUUUAGUGUGCCCUACUGAGCAGGGGA